CGGCUCUCAGAUCUCGUCGUGCGCGCUCUGGCGAUCCUUCGUCUCUUCCAUCCAAUUCGAAACGACCUUAAUUUAAUCAAAUCAAAUCAAAAGGAAGGGGAAAAGUGUUUUGGCCAUUCAUCCCCGGGCGCCAUUGCCUCGGACCUAAAAUGUGAAUUCCAAAUAUGUUUCUGUUUGGUGUGUGUGUCGACCAUCAAGUCAACAACUGCAAAUUCUAGUCUGAAACAUUUGGCAGUGUCUAUCUGUCUGUCGUAUCUCUCGUCUAGUCUAGUCAUCUAUAUCAACUCUAGUCAACUUUAAAUCACCACUUCUAAGUCAUCAUCAAUUGAAAACUAGUCUCACCUGUCGUCAAUCGCCGAUAUCUAGUCAACAUCACCACCAGUCAUCGUCUUAUUCUUUACUAGUCCCAUGUUUUCCUAGUCAUUUUGAUUGUGCCCGUCUUGAAAAUCCUAGUCACAUCCUAGUCACCAACGCGAAAUUCGAUUCAUCUAGUCAAAAUCGAAGCUUUGCGGGAAAUUCUAGUCAUUUGAAUUUUGGCGGGUCAACCGGAAAAACAAAAACAAAAAUUCCGAAAGAAAUGCCGCGAGGAUUUCUAGUCAAACGUCACGACGAAUUGUUUUCGGUGGUCGGCGGUGGUGGUGAGAAUGUCGAUUCCGGCCAGUACGCCGGCCACCACCAGCUGGACGAAGAGGAAAGCGAAGACACGCCGGAAGAGAGCGAACAAGAUCCGCUGGAUUUGACAUCCAGCCGUCGCUCGACGUACCUGGCCGUUGAGGUCACCGGUCCUCCUCCGUCUCUGAUGCCGGCCGCUCUCCCCAUCCAGCAUCCAGCGUCCGGCAGAGAUAAGGAACAACUCCGACGCCAGGGUCGACUGAUGAGCGCCAAGGUGUGGCGUCCAGCCCUACCCGAGACGUCGCCUUCUCCUCCGGCUUCCGGCGUGAAAGCGGCGGAUGCGCUGCCACUGCUGCAGGACUUGCCGACUGUGACUAGUCUGACGCAACCAUCGGCAAAGGUUGGCAAAGGUCGCGGACCCUUCUACUGUGGGGAUUCUUCUCCUUCGUCGCUUCUUUUUCCGACACCUGAUGCGGCCAUUUCCGGUGGUUCACCUACUUCCGGAGGUGCUGCUGCUGCCGGCGGUAGUAGUCGACCGGAAGAAGCGGCUCCUGCCAAUGCAACCAGGUCUUCCGCCCUUUGCUUGGAGGCGGCACUCCGCUGGUACCAGCAGCGCUCGGCGCUCAUGACGACGCUCAACGCCGCCGCCGUGGCCGCCGCUGCCGCCGUGGCCGUCGCUCCAGGUGAAAAUCUCGAACCCCAUCACCACCACCAUCCGUUGUACUUACCUCUGGCCAGCCUGCAUCAUCUUCAUCAGCAGCAGCAACAGCCCAGUCACCAGCCAGCGGCGUCGUUGCAUCAUCAGGCGUCGACAGGAGUGCCAUCAGCGCCACCUGGCGGUCACAACCAGCAGCCGUCAGGGCACCACCACCACCACCACCUGGCCCUUCAUCACCCCUCGCAUCUGUACCCGCACUUGGCCUCUCUGCUCGUGCCCAGUAUCAUCACUCAGUGCCCUUCACCUGUCAGCCCGCUCAUGCUCACUCCCAAGCCGCAGUCGGAGCAGCUGGAACAGGCCGUCGGUCAACAACAGCAGACGGCGUCGGCUACCUGGCAGCCACCGUCGCCCGUCCUCUACCACCGCCAGCAGCAGCAACAACCCAAACAACAGCAGCAAUCAAACGAGAACGGAUUGCUGCUGGAUCUCAGUUUGAAAUCGGCAGCUGGAACGACGACAGCCAGCACGGACUCGCUCCUAUUAUCACCUCAACAUGGCCGGCCUGAUGUCUUCCAUCCAUCGGCACUGCCCAGCCAGUCCAAAUCGGUCCGUUCCGUCGGCAAUUCCUCCGCAGCUAAAAAACGAUCGGCACCUUCCACCGCCGGAGCGACGAAUGGCGUCGAAGACGGACCAUCUUCCUAUUCGGCCAGCGCCAAAAAGGCCAAAGGACUGACGGGCAGCGCCAGUAAAAAGUCCAGCAAAGCCGUCCGUCGGUUGACGUUUGACGACGAGCUCAUCUCGCCCGUUUCGGGCACCAUCAUCCGAGACGCCGCCGACAUGCCGGCCAUGGUUCCGGGAGAAGACGGCCUAGUGGUCCGUCCCGGCGACAUCGAUCCCGCCUUCAACAUUGUCGAGGUGACCGAGGAGGCGCGGGCCGAGCUGGCCAAAAUCGACAACCGCAUCGGCGACUACCUCUGCCGGCUGUGCCGAGUUGUCUUUGACGACGCCUUCGGCUUGGCCCAGCAUCGCUGCCCGCGCAUCGUUCACGUCGAGUACCGCUGCCCGGAAUGCGACAAAGUCUUCAACUGCCCGGCCAAUUUGGCAUCCCAUCGGCGCUGGCACAAGCCCAGGCCGGCCAAUUCCCUGUCGGCCAAGGGCGCCAAUAAAUCGGCCAUGGCGUCCGCCGGUGGCGUCGCCGCCGCCGCCGGAAUGACCAACAACAACAACCAGGAAAAGCCCUCGCCACCAUGGCCGGCAGUGGCUGCCAAUAACUCGACACAUCUGGGUCCGUCGGCCGGUUUCGUCCCGGCAGCAGUUCGAUCCGCUUUCCAUCCAGCGGUUUUCUCCGGCUCGUCGCUCUUGAUGCCCAACUACAAUUUCGGUUCCGGCGGAGUUGUACAAGAUUUCAGCCACUCCAACAAAUCGUCGUCGACCACGUCGUCGCCCACAUCUUCUUCUUCUUCCUCUUCCUCGUCGUCAUCAUCUUCGUCAUCGACUUCACCUUACGGCGGUUUCAUGCACCAUCACGUGUCGUCACCGUCGCCCAUUUCGCCCGUCGGUGGCGUCAUGACGCCCGUCAAUUCCGACGAGAAGAUGCACGUCUUGCAGAUGCCUCAGCUAAGGGCUGGAGCCACGUAAUUAUUCCAAAUCUAGUCGUGUCAUUUUAUCUUAUUUUUGGGUUUCUCUCUAGUCUCAUUUCGUCGCUAGUCUUUUUUGUGUGUUUUCAUUUUGACCCCGUUUGAAUUACCAUAUGAUAUAAGAAGUUGAAUCAGCUUCGUUUAAUUAUGGGUGGAUGAGUACGUGUUCUAGUCACUUGUGUGUCCCAGUCAUUAUUUCAGGACUAGUCGUUCUUUAUUGUCGAAUCUAAUCAGACUUGUCAGUCAGUCAGUCUAGUCCCUUUUUUGAUUGGUCUAUACAUUCCUUUGUCAUUUUUUGGUAGAGUUAGUUAAAGUGUUUCACAUGUUUCCACUACAUUUCCCCGAUGGGAAAUCUAGUCGUCAGGCCGAUCGGUGGCAAUUAGCAGUAUGCAAAAAUCGGCAAUCCAACCCUGAUAAUCGUUAGCUAAUAAGUAACUAUAUUGAGAAAACUUGAUUCAAAAUCAUUUAUUUACAUAAUAUAAUAUAUCAUAUCUCUAUUUAUUAAAAAAACAUAAUUUAUUUAUCGAUAACAGUAGAUUCUAUUCGAUGUCAAAGUCAAAUUGUCUUAUAAAAAUUUGGUAAAAUCAGCUUUAACAAAAUGGAUGAAAUAAGCGCUAGGUUGUCUAGUAUAAUCUACGCUUCAAGCGUUCAGUCUUUCAACUAUUUUUCUUCAAUUAUUCAAGUCAUUGCCUCCAAGUCAUUAUAAUAUAUAUAUGUAAGUGUGCUUUUAAGUUAUUUUUGAUCUUGUAUUCGAUUUUGGUUUUUCUUUGAAUUUCUGCAACGAGUUACACCUCGAGAUAUUCACUUUGCUGAUUUCCCUUGUCGUCGCGGAUAGUUAUUUCAAAAUAGCUUUCGCUCCCGCCGGAUUUCGUGAGUGCCAUCUAGUCAUUAAGUGUAGUGAGUGCGGACAAUUAUUCUCAACGUUGGUUUGACCGAUUCCAGUAGGAAAUUGCCAUUUUCUUUUUGUUUUUGUUUUUUUCGGGUUACAGUUCCAUGUGUUUCAUUCAGUCUGGGAUCGCCUGCGAUUAUUUAAUUAUUGUCAUUAAUUAAUUAAAAUAUCUCUCGUGUUUUGCGAAAGAGGUGUGAGAGGGGGGAAAUCAGAUACAAAGCGCUUAACAGAUUUCUUAUAAAUUUAGCAUAAAAUAUGUGGCGUUCAUGACACCCAGCAUCGACCCUUUUUCCCCAAUUUCUUCUUUCGACAUUUCCACUUUCCCAGUCCGCGUGGACAUGUCCGAUAAAAACAAAAGAGAAUCAAUUCCAACUGAUCGCCACGUUCACAAGGAUCUCAAGUCUGUCUUAGUAUAUUGCAUAAUAUUAGUCAUAUCCCCUUAUUAACGCCGUUGCGACAUUGCUUUUCAUGAUUCUUGUGUAAGUCUCUCUUAUACUAUUGCACUUCAGUCCCGUUCUCCUGUGUGUAAACUGUAAUUCAUUGCGUGUGACCUCAUUUCAAGACUUUCUUCCCUUACGUUUGUGCUCCCCCAAAAUUUCGUAUUACCCCCCUCAAAAAAAAAAAAAAAAUAACAAAACAU